CGCAGUUUUCGUUUUUUCAUAAUUGUGUUUUUCUCGUCGUCGUUGUUUACGUGUUGUUUAUUGUUUACCUAGUUUUUGCCGACGGUAAGAGCUAGGUACCUUUACUAACCGAAAGAUUAAUCAAUAAGGUUGCAAGCCUGUUGUGAGCUGUCCUACAGGACCGUCUUGCCAAAACCACGAAAGCGAUUUGGAAGAUUUGUCAUCUGGCUUCGAUCGCUCAUCUCGAGAUCCAACGUACGCCUAAAGGGACUUGUUUUCCUGCCUGCGGGAAUUACAACAUAAACGGCGCAUUGUUUGUGAAUCUUCCGGCGUUUGUAGAAAUUUCCGUUAUCGGUGUAUUUGACGGAUUAUUUCCCUGAGUUUUUGCAAUAUCGUAAUCGCCCAUCGAAGUAAAUUAUGGCUAACAUCUCUCGGUAUUUGGAAUUGGAGAAGGAUGAUCACCAGACAGAGAUUUUGUACAGGCUACGAAAAGGGUGGACCCUGGAAUUCCGCAGCGGUGCGUCGCUGUUCGGGGUGCGUCUGAACGUGUUAACCAACCAUCCCUUGAACGAGGGAACCGGGUACCGGCGCACGGAGUUCCAGUUGGUACCAUGGGAGCGUUGCGAUAAAAACGACCAGUCGUCGUCCGAUCCUACCGGCUACAUCGCGCGAUUAUCUUUAAAAAUCGCCGGGGCGUUCCAGUAUCGCUAUGAAGACGCUGAAACGCAUGCGGUGUUGGGCAGCGGAUACUUUCACGUGGAUCCUGAUUUGCAAUUCCACAACGGUGAACCGCUGUCGUUGGACGGCGUGGUGCUGCAGACGGUGGUUGUCAAGCAGCUGGGGCCGCUCAGCGAAUGGCUGCCGCGUCUGCAGGUGGCUGUGGCGACCGGCUACAAUAUGCUGCACUUCACGCCCAUCCAGGAACUGGGCGACAGCCACUCCGCCUACGCCCUCAACGACCAGCUGAAGAUGGCGCCCACCAUCCAGGGGAAGUUGGAGUACGUUGCGAAAGUGAUCGCCACACUGUACGAGAAGCACAAUGUCCUGUCCAUCGUGGAUAUCGUCCUGAACCACACCGCCCACUCCAGUCCCUGGCUGAAGGACCAUCCGGAAGUGACAUAUAACCUGGAGAACAGUCCGCAUCUGCGACCGGCGUUCCUUCUCGAUCAACUCCUAAAACUCUUCUCCGACGAGCUGGCCGCCGGACAGUGGGCGGAUCGCGGUAUCCCGGCGACUAUCACCGAAGGCCAUCAUAUUGAUAAAAUCAAACACGCGUUGUGGCACGAUAUUUUCCCACGAGGAAAACUGCACGAAUAUUACUUGGCGGAUGUGGAUAAGCUGGUGAACGAGUUUCGUUCCGUAUCGGCGAAUUAUAAAGCCUACGAUGAUCAAGCGGCGGGUGUUCGCGAGCUGCGAAUGCAUUCCGGACCAGCGUACCGUCGAUUUGGCGCCGCUGUCAAUCUGGAGGAAGCCCGCGUCUAUUUCAAAGCGCCCACGAGUUCUGAAGGCGGUGAUCCGAACAAUGACUGGCGCAUCAACGGCGCCGCAGAUUUCUUCCGCAAUUGGUUGAACCACGAGAACGGCCGGCGUUACGAGACCUUCCAGAGUCAUCUCGCGGCCGCUAUCAACGGGAUUUCCGGAACUCUUUCUUACGAGCGCCUGCAGGGCGAUGGACCGCAUUUGGGAGCGUUUACAAAACAAUGGCCACUGGUGCCCAAGUAUUUCCACGUUUUUGAGGAUUUUAAGAGUUUCGAAGACGCAGAAGCCGCGUCUGUCGAUCCCAGCCGCUGCAGGUUCAUUAUGGCCCACAACGGUUGGGUGAUGACCUUUGACCCCUUGAAGAAUUUCGCGGCGGAAGACUGUAACGUGUACCUGCGCCGGGAACUGAUCCCGUGGACGGAUAACUGCAAACUGCGCUACGGCGAUAAACCGGACGACUGUCCGUACUUGUGGCAGCGCAUGCGCGAUUACGCCGUGGAGAUGGCCUCCACCUUCCACGGUGUUCGGCUGGACAAUGCGCAUUCGACACCGCUCAACGUCGCCGAGUUCAUGUUAGACGCGGCGCGAGCGGUCAACCCCAAUCUCUACGUCAUCGCGGAACUGUUUACCGGGAGUGAGGGGCGGGAUAAUGUUUUCGUCAAUCGGCUGGGUUUGAGCUCGUUAAUCCGAGAAGCGGAGAGCGCGGUGGACUCGCACGAUCUGGGCCGGCAGGUGCACCGGUACGGUGGGGAGCCGGUGGGCGCCUUCCUCCCGCUGACCUCGGCCAAAAUGAGCCCAUCGGUGGCGCACGCGCUCCUGUACGAUCAGACGCACGAUAAUCCCAGCAUGAUCAAGAAACACUCGCUGGCCGAUGUGCUGCCGUCGGCGGCGGCGGUCAGCAUGGCCGAUGCCGCUGCCGGGAGUACGCGCGGAUACGACGAGCUGGUGCCGUUUGCGCUGGACAUUGUUACGGAGAAGCGCUACUAUCGCUCCUUGACCGACAAAGCCACUGAUCACAGCCAAGUGGAUCUCUCCAGCGGUUUGUUGGCCGUCCGGCGCCGAUUGAAUCAUCUCCAUCUGGAAAUGGCCCAGAAAGGCUACCACCAGGUCUUCGUGGAUCAAAUGGACGGCGACACGAUGGCCAUCACACGGCACAACCCUACCGAUCACUCGGCCUACGUGGCCGUGCUGCGCAACGCCUUUCGCUCACCCCACAUGGACGCUUUCCACCACGCUCCGGCACUGCGACCCCUGAGCAUCGAAGGAAGCGUGGAAAGUAUCAUCCUGGAGGCCGGACUGGAAUACACCGGGGAAAACAAGUUCGAGGAUGAUGCCAAAUACAUCACCGGGCUGAAGGAAGGUUAUCAAGUGUAUAUGCAGGAAAACAUUGGGUUUGAGAAGAGCCGCUAUCUGGAGAGAGAUCCCGAAAUGCAGAAGAGCCAGGCCAAGCGGGAUGUGCGCUUUGUGCAUUUCCCGCCGGGCGCGGUGGUGGUUUUCAAGUUAUCCGUGGGAUCUCCGACCGAAGCCAUCACACAAAUUAAAAACGCGGUGUCUGACGCACACUCUGUGAAAUUGCAAGAGAUUUGUCAGAACCUUACCGUGGCAGAUUUUAACCGCGUCCUCUUCCGCACGAACGACGAAGAGGCGGACGAUGGGAAAAACGGCGGAGCGUAUUAUAUCGCACAGUUUGGAGCGCUCCCAUACUGCGGACUUCAAGCAUUCGUCACCGUUCUGGAGCGUCUACGCGCGCACCAAGACCUCGGUCAUCCCUUCUGCUCCAAUCUGCGCGCCGGGAAUUGGAUGAUGGAUUACAUCACCGAUCGGCUGCGCAAUUAUGAGUCGACUAUUCCGCUGGCCGAUUGGUUUGGCGCCGUUUUCGAGCACGUCAAAGGACUCCCGCGCUAUUUGGUCCCGCAGUACUUCGACCUGGUCGUCACCAAAGCGUACCGACAGAUCGUCGAUGUGGCACUGAAUCGGAUGGGAAAAUUCGUCUCCAACGGAUCCGAAUUCACGAGAUUAAUGGCGCUGGGAACGUACCAGAUGUGCGGAAUUGUUAUGGCCAGCAAGCUGCCGGCCCUCUCGCCAUCACUGUCCCCACCGGCGCCUAAGAAAAUCAAGAAUCCGGCGAACGGUCAGGAUGUGGAUGGGGCGGUGAGCCUGGCGGCCGGUCUGCCGCAUUUCGCCGUCGGAUGGGCGCGCAACUGGGGCCGCGACACGUUUAUCGCGCUGCGAGGAUUACUCAUGCUGACGGAACAGUUUCAGGAAGCGAGAUACAUCAUCUUGGCCUACGCGGCCUGUCUCCGGCACGGUCUGAUCCCCAAUCUCCUGUCGGAAGGCACCGGGGCCCGCUACAACGCCCGCGAUGCCGUCUGGUGGUGGCUGUACUCCAUCCAGCAAUACGUGCGGUUGGCGCCCAACGGCGAGGCGAUUCUGAAGGAUGUAGUCUCCCGGAUGUACCCGCAGGACGAGCCUCCCACCCAACCUGGACAGGCGGAUCAGCCGUUAGCGGAGGUGAUGCAGGAAGCUUUGACGAAACAUGUGCAAGGCGUGAAUUUCCGCGAGCGGAACGCCGGGUGGAAUCUGGACCGGGACAUGUGCUCGGAGGGCUUCAACAACGGCAUCGGGGUGGACCUGCAGACGGGCUUCGUCCACGGGGGUAAUCCCCACAACUGCGGCACGUGGAUGGAUAAAAUGGGCAGUUCCGAACAGGCCGGCACGCGCGGCAAACCGGCCACGCCCAGAGAUGGAUCGGCGAUUGAAUUGGUGGCUUUAUGUUACUCCACGGUGGAUUGGUUGGCGGAGAUGAGCACCAACGGGAAAUAUCCGCACGACGGCGUGAAAAUGCAAACCAAAGGCGGACAAGCGAAGACGUUGAGUUUCCUCGACUGGCGCCAAAUGAUUAAGAAUCAUUUUGAAGAGAGAUUUUUCGUCGGUGCGGAUCGAGCGGGAGAAUUUAUUCGCCGGGAUUUGGUGAAUAUCGCGCCGAUUUAUAAGGACACGUAUGGAUCCUUCCAUUUCUGGGCGGACUAUCAGCUGCGGCCCAAUUUAUGCGUCGCCAUGGCGGUGGCGCCGGAGAUGUUCGAUGCGGGUCACGCGUGGCAAGUGUUAGACAUCGUGGAAGAGCAUCUUCUGGGUCCGCUAGGUUUGAAAACUCUCACACCGAAGGAUUGGGCGUACGAUGGCGAUUAUGACAAUGACGAUCACAGCAGUAAUGCGAAACGGGCGCACGGCUUCAACUACCACCAAGGACCGGAGUGGGUAUGGCUGAUGGGAUACUUCCUGCGCGCUAAAUUAAUCUUCGCCGGCAAACAGCAGAACGCGGAGAUUUUAAGCAAAACCAGGGCGUUUGUGGAGACGGUGCUGGGCCGGCAUUGGUUACAUGUGCGCACCUCCGACUGGCGCGGUCUGCCGGAGUUAACCAACGCCGGGGGAGCCUAUUGUCCCCACAGCUGCCACACCCAGGCCUGGAGCAUGGCCAGCAUCUUGGAAGCGUUGCAUGCGCUGCAAAACGAGAAAUAAAAUGUUUUAUUCGUGUGAUUUAUCCCCCGUGUUGCUGCUCCCUGUUCAGGCGAUACUCGCAUGCUUUCUCGAUAAACUAGAGAUUUCUUCGAUUUAACGGUGCUUGGGUUUAAUUUAUUCGUGUGUUAUGAAUUUGUGCUUCUUGUCUUUUCAAGGUUUGCAAUUUUCAAAGUUUGUUAUCGUCGCUUUAAUCAAGUGAUUGAUAACUUUGUGGUGGAUACUGGUUUGCGUAUGGGAAGGUCACUUGUUUGUUGUGCUGCGAUUUCGGCGAGGUGUUCGCGCCACAAACUGCGGAAUAAAUUCUGAUUAUGCUAAG